CUGAUUGGCCGGCUGAUGACUCGGGUUCGUCCCCCAGGAUCUGCGUCUGCGCGCCGUGACGUCAUACGCGGAAGCGGCAGCUCACUCCUCAGACUAGACGGUGACGAGAAGCUAAGAGGAGACAAGUUUUGGUCGUUUUUCCUCUUAACAAGUGUCGUGUUAGCUGAAGCGACUGAGUUGGUGCCACGACGACAGACAGGAAGUAGAAGAAUUCCCGGAAGAUCUGCAGUUAUGGACCGGCACCACAACCACAGCGCCAUGCCGAUGGACCACACCCACCACCACGAUCACAUCAUGCCCGUGCCCACUGGCAGCGGCGGACACGACCACGGGAAUCACGGAGGACACGGUGGAGGCAUGGCGAUGACCUUUUACUUCGGCUGCCAGAACGUGGAGCUGCUCUUCAGCGGACUGCUCAUCAACUCACCUGGAGAGAUGGUGGGGGCGUGUCUGGCCGUCUUCCUGCUGGCCGUCCUCUACGAGGGCCUGAAGAUCGGUCGAGAGGCGCUGCUGCGUCGCAGUCAGGUCAACGUGCGCUACAACUCCAUGCCCCUUCCCGGCGCAGAUGGAACCGUGCUCAUGGAGACGCACAAGACCGUUGGGCAGCGAAUGCUAAGCCCCGCCCACUUCCUGCAGACACUUCUGCAUGUCAUCCAGGUGGUGGUCAGCUACCUCCUGAUGCUGGUCUUCAUGACAUACAAUGCCUACCUCUGCAUCGCCGUGGCGUUGGGCGCCGGUGCCGGCUACUUCCUGUUCAGCUGGCGAAAGGCGGUGGUCGUGGACAUCACAGAACACUGUCAUUAGUGCGUGCUUGUUAGUUUGUUGUUGUGACUUUCUGUAGGUCGUGGAUACGCCAACAAGUGCUUUACUGUAAGAUGGCACGUUAGCGCAGCAGCUAGUGGAUGACAAAGCAUGACUUGGUAACCGUGGUAACAGUGCUAGGUUAAUUUGCGCACUGUAGUUGGCCACUAAUAAAAUGAGUAGGGAAACUGGUAAAUCGUGGAGUGGCUGAAGCAGUGGAUGAUAAUGAUGAUUAGCCGACGCAGUCCGUGCUGCCUAGCUGGUGCUCACUAGCGGCUAAUGUUAGCUCAGCUGUGUUUUAUCAAUUUGACUUUUUAUUCAUCUGAUCAGUUUAGUUCAGUUCAUGACACCGCUGCCUUAACUAGCCAAUGAGUCUUGUUAGCCAACAUUGUUGAUUGUUUUUCACUCAGAAUCAAUAAGCACUGACAAUUCCUGAGUGAAGGGACCAAUCAAUCAGACAGCAGGACGUCUUUGUCAAAAUCAGUAAACCAAAUAAAGUUUGUGUAGAAAGGGC